AUGAGCAUAGCAAGAAAAUUUAGAACCAUCAUAAUUAUAUGUAUGACGCUUUCUUGCAUAGUUAUGUCCUCGCCAGCAAGUUCUCUUGAUUCAUAUGUCACAACAAAGACACACUUCACAGACAAAAGCCCGAGCAUCAACCGCCCUGCAGGGAAUGAUCAUACAAAUGGAAGUAGCAUCCCUAUGGGAGAAAGUGGGCUUGAAGAAGAUAAGCAAUUAAGGAAGCAAAGUAGCACGCAUACACGCAGCAGAGCAUUAAAUGACUCGCAGUCAUUUUUAUCAAAUACAUCUGAUCCAGCAGUACCAGUUAAAGAAAAUAUAGGAGAAGGGGUACAGGGGAAUGGAGAGAACGAAGUCCCAUUUGACAACAGAUUCAUGUCGCAGGAUGGCGCAUUCUAUAUAUUUCACAUGAUCGGGGUGUAUGUCCUGAUCAGCUUUGGGGUAUUCUUCGUCGAUGAGAUGCGGUACUACAGGUGCAUCAACAAUAUCCAUAGCUACUUUGACGCAAGCACCAGGCUACAGAAACUCCUGGCCUCUAGUAAGUACCUUAUAAUUGCACCUUUGUUUAUUCUGUACUUCCUGCGGCUACUGUUCCUCUCUUCUAAUGAGGGUGUUGAGAUGGUCUUCUCCUUCUCAAUUCUUCCUCUGAUUGGCUUGCUUCUCUUCACUUCUAGAUUCCUAUACGAAAUGAACCUAGCCUCAAUGCCUGUCCUUCUGCAAAUACUAAUUAUGGUAAUCCAGAUUGCUGUAAUAUUCCUUAUGUCUGUGAUUGGCCAUGGCCUGUUCGACUGCAGAAAGCCCUCUGAGCUAAUUAAGAGAAACCCAGUGGUUGCUACUAUGACUGCAUUCGCCAGCUUAUACAUGACGUACACGAUGCUUCUUAUCUUCCUUCCUCUGAAGUAUAGAUUUGCCGCAAAAUACAUCCACUCCUCUGCAAUUAUAUCGUUCUUUUAUGGAGCAGUUAUUGGACUGCGUGUGCUGUCCAACCUGAUUCGCUGGAUAAACAAUAGGCACGUGUCCUCUGACUCAAAGAAGCAGCAUGAAAACAGAAUACCCAUACGCGCAGACAACUCAAGGGCACAUGCAUACAUGUCUCUCCUACUAGGUAUUUUAUGCAGUGCCUUAUUUGUGGUAGUUGCAUACUUUGGUGCAAACUUCAUGGAGGCAUACACUACAGUUCUAAUCCAGUGGUUGGUGAAAAAUAUUAUUAAGCUGGCAACGCACUUUAAUCUAUCCAAUAUGAUGUCUGUAAUUAAAGGCAGAGCUGAUGCAUUGCUAAACACUCUAAAUAUUAUUUCACUCGCCAAUUAG